UCUGUGUUUGAGACGGAAACCACUUUUUUUUUAAACAUUUCUAAACUCUUCUUUUCAAGUUUAUGUAUUUUAAAGGCUAAAAUAGAAAAUUAGAAGAUGCGGUUUUGUAGCACCUGCGCACUCCUGGGACUUUUAUCUCUGGCGGUCUUCGACUCAACAGAAUGUCUACAGACGGUGGUCAAACCAAACGCAGGCUCCACGGUGACCGUGUCCGCUGCAUCGCCUUCAGACAACUGCGCUGUGUGUACAGUCAGCGGGGUGAAUGACACAGAGACCUCCUGCCAUCCUUCCUUGUCUCUGGUAGCUGAGGAGGAGGUCAAACUGCUGUUUAACUGCUCCCAGCCUGUUGAGCAGGCUUACACUGUGACGAUAACUCAGACUAUUGAGUGCACGAAGGACACCUGUACCCACUUGACAGUAGAAACUCAACCCUCCCUCCUCGCAGAGCUCCCUAGGACCUUCACCUGGGAGGUGAAGGCGCCUGAGAAGACAGUCGUGAGUCUGGAUGUCCUUGGAGAUGGACUAAUGGAGACCUCACAGUCAUGUCCCAGUGGAAUUCAGUUUUUGGUGGCCACAUCAAAAACUGGCAAAGACCAGUCUCAGUUUUGUCAUGGUGGUUCUAUGACUCGUCUAGACCUGUUCAAUGAAGCUAUUGUGUCUGUGAAAGUCGAGCCAAAGGCCCAGGUCCCGCCCGUCCUAUUCCAGGCCACCGCUGGACCUCUGAAGGGCAAGACAAUGAGUGUUACUGUUGAUGCCGGCACAUCUGUGGUCUUGAGUCGGGAUCCUAAUGAACCAGAAUGUGAAGUUUGCUCUGCUGAUAGCUCCGGUCCAAACUGUAGUCCUACAGACAAGACUCUGACAAACGGAAACCUUUCACUGGAGUUCAGCUGUUUGAGACCUCAGGAUGUGUACAGCGUCAAGAUGAGCAAGAAAAUAGAAUGCAUGAAGAGCUCUUGCACUCCAGCUGCAGGAGAAGUUGACCCCGACCUUUUCAAAGACUUUAAAAGAUCCAUAACAUGGGACAUCAGUGUGCCAGAGAGAACUGUGUUAUCCUUGGACUUUUCUGGUGGAUUAAAGGAAAUAUCUGACGCAGAAAGUUGCAAAGAUGGGUUCACGUACUCAGUGAGUACAACUAAAAGUGACGGGUCAGUCAAAACUAAAAAAUACUGCAAAGGUGGGACUGUGUCUCAUCUGGAGAUGCUCAGAGCAACGACUGUGUUUGCAGAGGUGCCAAAAGAUGGAGAGAUGGACUCAUCAGCAUUCACCGCCAAAGCUGCACCAAGAGGUGGUCGAAUGAUGUCUGUGAUGCCUGAUCCCAACACCAUCAUCAUCAUCACUAAGGUGGCAAAUGAGCCUGAAUGCAGCGUGUGUAUGAGGAAAGAUCCUGCCCCGGUCUGCUCAACAGAUAUGCUGAUCCUGAGUGACCCUCGCAACACCUCGGUGGAGUUCACCUGUCCACAGCCUGAGGAUGUCUUCAUUGUGGAGAUCAACAGAGAAAUUGACUGCACAGAGACCUCCUGUCCGGGUGAAAUUGUUCAGGCAGAGUCUUCACUUUUCCCAGACUUUAAUCGAACCUUCACCUGGGAUCUGAAGGUAGCCCCCACUCGAGCCUUCCAGUUGGACUUCCCAGAACCAGGCAUGCGCCAGAUUCCCAAAGAGGACACCUGUCCGGAUGGGCACACGUACUCUCUUAUUAUUUAUCUACGCACAGGCCCAGCAAACAUUGGAGCCUUCUGCAAAGGAGGAACUGUGACCACCAUCCUGGUUUGGUAUAAAGGCCGCAUGGUUCUGAAGGUGCCUGGAAAAAAGAAGCUGGAUCCUGUUAACUUCAAAUUAAACGUUGGGCCUGAAACCAGCACAUUGGCAAUUGUGAAAGUCAACCUACCAAGGGGUGUAUCAGACACAGACUUCUUCACUCCCAACUAUCCCGCUGAUUUUCCUGACCAGCAGCAGAUGCAGUGGGACUUCACGGUGCCCGGCAUGCACAACUACUCGAUGGAUUUUCCUGAUCAGACAGCUCCAGAGUGCCUCAACAAUGACGUGAGUGUGGAGUACCAGAAAGAGGGAAAGAAGGUCACCAAACUGACUCUGACAGAUCCUCAGCCAAAGCAUCAGCAGGGGGACUUUAGUAUGGUGCUGAAGAACUGUGAGACCAACAGGACGCUGCAGGGGCUCACCUUAAACUACAGAAUCUCUUUAAUGAGGAGCGGACAUCCAGUUCUGUGCGCAGUGGAUUUGACCAAGCACAAAGGAGUGUCCCUGCAGAUUGAGAAAGUUGGCUCUGAUCCUUACUGUGAGAUGAGCGUUGACUCCAAGAUCCAAGAGAAGAUAAACGUAGCCGCAAGCACCAAGGCUGGCCUGUCCUUCCUCGACUGUCCCAAUGAAGAUUUGCGCCUGACAGCCAGUAAAGUAAUCGGCUGCCAAAAUGUGGCGUCAUGCUCUUCGACUCUCCUCACCGUUCCCAAACUGGACGCCUGUCUGCCGAUGCCCCUCCACAGCUUCACCUGGCACAUCAACAUCCCUCAGGAUGCCACGAUGGACCUGGUCUCCCCCACAGGGACCCUCCGACAGUCGCUGCCAGGCCAGGAGUGUAACCAGUCGUUCUCCAUGCAUGUGGCAGAGAGUGACAAGUUUCCUAUUGGUGAUUUCUGCUUUACUGGAGCCAUCCCUAAACUUCAGGUGCACGCCAAUGUCUCUGUCACAGUCACGGUCCCAGACUUCAGCAAGCGUAGGGGACCUUUUCUCAAUGUCAGCUACAGUGAGGAGAUCCCGGAGACCAUUAUUUACAAUGUUAGUCCAAGGAUGUCAUCACCGACCCUGCUUGCCACACCCAACUGGCCCGAGGGUAUGAGGCCUUCGUCCACUCUGUCCUGGAUCGUCAACGUCCCGAGCGGGUACAAAGCUCACCUGAAGUUCGUCAACGUCAGCCAGCCCAAAUGCAAAGACAGGCAUACGUCCAUGAAGCUGAAGAAGCUGGGUGAAGAGGAGGAGAUCUUUAGCCGCAGAGAGGAUGAGCAAGGGGAGGAAGAGCUGUUUGUGGAUCGGAGUUUCUAUCUGAACAUGUCAAACUGUGUUCCAGAGGAGGGAAAGUUUGGUGCAGUGACCAAAAUUGUUCUGCAGAAGUCAUCGAAUCUGUUGGCCAUCCUUCUUGGGAUAGCAGGAGCUCUCCUGCUUUUGCUCAUAGUGCUGGCUGUAGUGUGUUUCAUCACAAAGAAGAAGAAGAGAGACAAGAUGAACAAGGAGUCAUCUAUCUACAUUGGCAAAGGGAACAUCUUCCGCCCGGGUGACAGGCACUUCAGCAAAAGUCGGUCAGACAACGAAUCUCACGUCUAUGACUCCAUAGAUGAGACGAUGGUGUAUGGCCACCUGCUGAGAGACUCCAGCUACUCUGACAGCAUCUCGGAUCAUUACAAAGGCAUGCAGGUGGACUCUUAUCACACAUUUACAGGACCCACUGAUGGAGAGCUGCCUGUUAUCAAAGAACCGGACAACGAGCCAGAGAUGGACCAGUACAAUGCGUUCUUGGACCCAUCUGAGUCUUUCAUUCCUUCUCGUCCACGCACUCCCAUCGAGCGGCAGGACAGUCUCGGUUUCCAGGACCGCAGGAUGGUGGACAAUGAACUGUACACGUUCAAGAGCUCAGGGGGUUUUAACACGAUCCGGCUCUCUGGUGCUGAUUUGGAACCCCAGCCACCGAUAACAGAGGACUCCCUGUAGCAUGUUGGGACUGUAACUGCACGAUGGACCACUGUUACUGAAAUCUUGUUGCAGCACUGAGUAUCUCUGGCCUCCUCUGAUGUGAACUUCUGUGACUCAGUCAAACUCAGGAAAUCAGAGCUUGUGAGCUUCUGAAUGUAUGAUGUGUUCAUUUCUUGGUCAGAAUUCAGACAAUUUUGAGAGUAGAUGCUCUGAUCUUUGCAAGCAAGUGAUUUGGGAGAUUGUGUUUGUUGAGAGUAGAGCCUGGCACACACUAAAAGAUUUUUAAAAUCUUAAUUGAGUUUUUAUUGUGAGAGACCUCAUACAUUGAGAAAUAACUGAAGAUUUAACUGUUUUCUUCUAACAGUGUUGGGUGUGGAACGAGAUGCCCAACACAGCGCACCACACGCAAUCAGAUUUGUUUACCAACAACCAGAGUCUUGACUUAAACUCCAAAUGUUUCACAGUUUAAAUGCGACUUAAGAUUGAACAUGCAAAAUAUGGAUAGCUGUUAGUUACUCUUUUCUGUCACAAUUUUGGUCCAGCUCCUCUCCCUUGUUGAUUUAACUGUGGUAUGUUUUACAGGACGCGUGUUGUUGCCACAAAUCAACAAGUUGGUCCUCCAUUUCUGACCUGCAUCUUUAAACAUUUUGCUUCACUUUUACUAUUGCUGCAAUGGCUGUGUUUGUUGUGCUUCCUCUUUCUAGUGUGUUUUCAAAUGGCUAUCUCUCGAUUCCAUGGAACUCCAUUUAUCUCAGAACGGAAAUACGCGCUAAAAUUUUCAAUAUACAACCGGAUUAAACCUCCAUUUUGGGUUAAUGUAAGAGUUGAGGUAGCUGUUAGGAUACGAAAAUUUAAAAGCCAGAAACCUAAUCACAAAAUAUUAAAUAAAGCAGAGUAAACCACUGCUUACAGGGAAAGAGCUGCUACUCCAUAAAAACAUUCUAACGCAGCCUGCGUAGCUUACAUAGUCCCGUUAGCUCCAUUAGCUACCUAGCCAACGGAACUAUGUAGCUAACUGAGCUAACUCUAAGCUCACAAAGCAGCUGCAUAAGCUACAUCUCUAUGUUAAACCAUGUAGGUCUAGCUACAUUUGCUACAGCUUGCAUUGCUCCAACUAACUUGGCUAUAGAUGACAGAGUUACGCAGCUAACAUAACUAAAGCUAAGCUCACAAAACAGCUAUGUAAGCUACGCAUCUUUAUCUGUGUUGCUACGUUGGUUUUAGCUACAUUUGCUAAAGCUCUCUUGCCAAAGCUAAUGUAGCUACAAUGGAUUGUGUGGUACUGUUAAUUACAUAGCUAGAGUAGCUAUGUUAGCUUUUACGAAGCUAAAGUAAGCCACCGUUUGUGUAACUACUUCUGAAACAGUUACAUAUAUAGUUUAAUCCUGGAUAUCCUGACCUUUUUCUCUGUUUUAUUUAUGAAAUGUUGCCUGGUUUAUAAUGUUUGCAGUGUGGCUAUUUCUGACUGCAAGACUUUGUUUAAGAAUGAAGUUCAAUUUCUAUAAAAGAAUCUAAAAAUGGAAAUAAGUUGUACUGGCAAAUUGUGGCAUUUUCUUUCUGAGAUACACAGACAGAGAUGUAUAGUCUGCAGUCAGAGCCCUCUCGUGUUCCUCCCACACAGCAAGAUUUCUGAUCGUAAAUACUGAACAUUACGAUCUUGAUUUGGAGAGGCUCCAAUCAUCCUCCAAGCAGACCAGAUAGGGAAAGAUCACCCCUACGACACCACAAGAAAAUCUGUCGAGAUAAUCCUUAAAACCUUUAGAUUAUCUGACUUUUGCUGACUUUGGUCAGAAAAGAACCGGGCUUAAAUUGUGUACUGUUAUCUUGUGUGUGCCAGACUUUAGAUGAGAAGAUUGAUUCUGUUAACUUAGCAAAUGUAAGACCAAGGUAAGCAACUAGUUAGCUUAGGCUAGCAGAAUUUUUUUAAAAAAAGGGAAAACAGCUAGCAUUAGCUAUGUCAAAGGAUAAACACAUUCCACUUACAACUCCACCUGAAGUAUGGAAGCCCUAAGAGGACAUGCAUCCACAUUUUGUAUUUUGUUUGACUCCGUAUCCCCAUGAUAAUGAGUUAUAUUAGUUGUUUUCUUGAGAUCUAGACUUAUGCAUCUUUUAUUGGGAUAAAAUACUUUUGUUUACUGUGACGACCUAAUUUCAGUAUUUUCUCAGUAUUACAAGAAACUUGCCUCCUAACAAGGGAAAGCUUGUUUUACAGUUAUAAGAAAAUAACGUCAGUAAGUCAAGAUCUCAAGAGAAAGAUAUUACUGGUUAUCGCAGUAAAAAUGUGGAAUAAAAUUUAGAAUAAUUGAAUGCAGAGAAGUUAUGGAUGUAUGUCAGCUUAGAGCUUUUUGUAUUAAAGAUCACUCUUUAGGACAUUGAAUACGUUAAAUCUUUAUCUUUUCUUUCUUAAAUAUAAACUGAAAGCUAAUGCUUACAACACCAAAAUAGUCCAGCUAAUAAUCUUGUAAAACUUGAACUUGUCUUGUCUUUUUAUCCUUUGUUUUACAUGGAUUUUUUAAAAUUAGAUGAAAUAUUUCUAGGAAGUCGUGGAAAUAUGUUUUUUACCUUUCAGAUCCAUGCUAGCUGUUUUUCUCCUGUGCAUUACAAGCUAAGCUAACCAACAUCCUGCCGUAGGCUUACUCCACAAACAUUAGUUUUACCAUUUUCUCAUCUCCAUCUUUGCAAGACAGCAACAUGAAUAUCUAAGUAUUUCUUUCAGAUUUGAUUUGUUUAGUUUUAUUAAAUUGCUGCAAAUGUGGCAUG